AUGGAUUUUCCCCAGCCUAAGUUCCCGGCUCGGAUAGGCGGCCUCUCGUGGAACGACGACGGCGAUGACUCAGAUUCGGAUUCGCCCGAAUCAGAAUCGGGAUCCAUGGGAAGCGGCGUGGGUCUCUUGGGAGGCUCUGGCGAAAUUCCCCGCUCCGAAAGCUCCGCCUGGAAAGCCAGCCGCGGAGGGGGAAGCACAGGGGGAGGAGGGGAGAGAAGCGGAAGCUUAUUUGGGGGUGCUGGCGACAUAGCAGGUAUCGGGUUUAGCGGCGGGCUGAGCGGCGUGAUUAGCGGCGGAAUCAGCGGCGCUAGCAGCGUCAGCGGCGGCGGAGGAGGAGGAGGGGAGAGAAAGGUGAAGUUCGAUACUCCAGACGCUCCGGCAUCGGUCUCAGCCACAGGCGGGGCUCCUGCUCCUCCCAAGCCUCGUCAUUCCCGCGCGCUGUCAUCCGAAGCUCCUGACUUGCUCGCGCCCAAACCUAACGCCCGCCGGGCAAGGACGACUGCCUCGGCGAUUUUCACUCGGCCAAAUCAACCAAGCGCUUCAGGCUCCGAUAGUAUCCCCCAAGACCCAUUCCGCCGGCAGCGCCACGACUCCAUCGGGGGAGGCAUCCCUGGCGCGGGGGGGAUGCGCCAGAUGCUCACUCCGGGCAGCGCCGCCGCAGCAGCCGCGCGGCAGCGGCGCAUGUCCGUCCAAUUCGCGUCAGGCUUCUCAAAACCCACGGGAUUGCAGCUGCCAGGGUCUGUGGGGGGCCAAGGGGGACCCAUGACCCCUACCGCUGCGGAAACGCAAGAAGCACAAGUCACGGUGGACCAAAGCCUGGCAGGACGUGCAGGACUUCUUUCAGCCCAUCAGCAUGCUGUGGCAGCCACGGGGCAUCCUGAACCCUCCUCUCCUGCUCUCUCUCCCUCACCCUGCUCUCACCCCACCCAGCCGCCAAAGCGCAAGAAGCGCAAGUCACGAUGGACCAAGGCUUGGCAGGACGUUCAGGACUUCUUUCAGCCCAUCAGCAUGCUGUGGCAGCCGUGGGGCAUCCUGAACCCGCACUCUAAAUUCAUGGCGCGGUGGAACAAGGUGUUCAUGGUGGCGUGCAUCCUCGGCUUCACCAUCGACCCCUGGUUCCUCUUCACCCUCCAGGCGCUGAAUCAAGUGGCGCCCCAGCCGGCCAUGCUGUGCCUCACUCUGGACUGGACGGCAGCCAUCACCUUCACUGUGCUGCGCUCCUUUGUGGACCUCUGCUACGUCAUUCAGAUCGUCGUUCAGUUCCGUAUGGCCUACAUAGUGCCGCCCCCCACCAACCGCAAGAACCGCUUCUUCCGCCGCUGGUGGGCCGACCGCUCCUUGCAGAGCCCGGGAGACCUCGAGUUUGACGCGCGGGUCAUCGCCAGCCGCUACCUGCGCUCCUGGUUCCUCAUUGACGUACUGGCAGCGCUGCCCAUCCCCCAGAUAGUGAUGCUGGUGAUAGUGCCAAUGAUGGGUCGAUCAGUCCCCUCCAACACCGGAGUCGCCAUGACCGUCCUCUGCCUCGCAGCCCUCUUCGCUCAGAACGUGCCCCGCGCCAUCCGAUUCUUCCCCAUCCUCUCGGGCAACGCGCCGCACGUCACCGGGCUCGUGUUUGAGACGGCGUGGGCGAAUUUCCUCCUCAACUUUGUGUUCUACCUCAUGGCGUCCAACAUCGUCGGCAGCAUGUGGUACUUCCUCGCUGCCUCGCGCUUCACCACGUGUAUGGCGGGCCAGUGUGCCACUCAGGGCGACGCCUGUCAGCCCAAGUACAUGUACUGCGUCGACCAAAACGCCAUCGCCUACCAGAACACAGCAGCAGAGGCCGCGUGGGCCACAGGCCCUGCCAGCGCGUGCCUGGUGCUGGACAAUCCGAGCAGUGACGCCCCGCCCUCCCCAAUCGAUUACGGCAUCUUCACCAACGCGGUUCCGCUCGUGGUGGAAGGGGCGUUUCUCUCCAAAUACAUCUACUCCUUCUUCUGGGGCUUCCAGCAAGUGAGCACGCUAGCAGGCAACCUGGAGCCAUCGAGGUGGGAUCCCGAGGUGCUCUUUGUCAUCCUCGUUAUAGGGCUGGGGCUCGUGCUGCUCGCACUGCUUAUUGGCAACAUCUCCAACUUUCUACAAGCUCUCAGUAGAAGGUCCUUUGAGUACCAGUUACAGCGCCACGACAUUGACUCAUGGAUGGAGCGACGCAACCUGCCUCUCAGUCUUCAAAAGCGCGUGCAGAAGCAGCAGCGGCUGCACUGGGUGGCGACGAGGGGGGUGGAGGAGGCGGAGGUGUUGGAUAAGCUUUCAGAUGACAUUCAGACAGACGUGCGCCGCAGCCUGUGUCUCGAGCUGCUGCAAUGCUCUGCCCUCUUUUUCGCCAUGGAGCCGCAAGUCCUCGAUGCCUUCUGUGAGAAGCUGCGGCAGCAGCUGUACAUAGAGGGCACCGUCAUCCUCAAGGAGGGGUACCCCGUGUCGCGCCUCUUCUUCGUGCUGCGCGGCCAGCUCGAGAGCUACACCACCAUCGGGGGGCGCGCAGGCUUUGUGGACAGCGUGCUACUGGGGAAGGGGGACUUCCUGGGGGAGGAGCUUCUAGUCGAGUACCUUGAGAAGCUGUCGGAUGGCAACAAGAGCCGGCGCUCAGGCACCCAGAUUCGCUACCUGGGCCGAUCGGUAACGAUGGGUGCGAGUGCUUCAGCGUCAGCAGCAGCACUGGGCACUUUGGCGAUCGACGUGCUGCCAACAGCGCAGCGCACGGUGCGGUGCAUCGGGCCCGUGGAGGGCUACGAGCUCGAAGCCACCGAUGUGGCUGUGGUGUGCCGGCAGUUUGCUCGAAUGCUUGCGACCAGCAAGAUCCAGGCGGCGCUCAA